AAAAACGAAGACGACGUCCUGCAUGCGCCUUUACAACGCUGUUACACUGUUAUAAAUCGACAUUUUGGCAUGACAAGCGAACGUAAAUAAACAACCGUGGGACAUCACGUUUGCAAUGAUAACACAUUUUAGGAACUAAACAUGGCAAAUGCAUCUAUUGUAGAAUAGUAGUCACGUGACCUCCAUACAGGGCCUGCUGUUCAGUGGAGGGAGAGAUGCGAAGAAAAAUGGCGACUGCAGGCGACCCAAAGCGGGACGCCGGCCAUUCAGUUUGAGCUUUCUACCUUAAAUUGAGUCCGUGGCUUGGUGGGACAAAUUGGGGCUAUCGCAACAUUGAUUAAGGUUUCCGAGGGUAUUCGUUUUUUUAGGUUUGCGUGGGUUACUCGCGCGCUAAAAUUGAAGUUGAAAAUAAUACAACUGCUACAAUGAGGGGUAGAAGAGGAAGGCCGCCCAAACAGGCAGCGGAGAUUCAAGAGGUUUCCCCCGGGCCAGUUCGCGGUUCAAGAGGUAGAGGGAGAGGUAGCCGUGGAAGAGGAAGGGGCCGAGGACGUGGCCGCGGACGAAGUUCGAUGCUAGAUACCGGCGAUACAGAAACUCAACGUAGAGAAAACUACCAUUCGUCCAGGGGUCGGAGGAAAGUUGGAGCUACGACGACAUCGCGGGGCAAAAGCAGAGGAAGAGGCAGGGGUUCGAGAGGUGGUCGCGGCAGCAGGGGGAGACGGCCACCGUGCAAGGUGGUAUACGAUGACAAUAGCGAUGAGGAAGAGGAUAAUAUUAGUUUGAGGUCCGAGGAGGACGAACUUUUACACGAGAAUCCCUCCUCAGACUACGAAGAGGCCGUGGACAACGAGUCCGAUUUUCUCGAAGAAUUACCAGAUGAGGAUGAUGCUAGCUACUGUACAGAGAGCAGCUUUCGAAGCCAUAGCACGCACGGCAGCACUCCAGGGCGAAGGGGGAGGCGACCUCACCGGCCCCGCUCACCCAUCUUCGAGAACAAGGAGGUGCCACCCCUGGACCUGCCCAAGUCGUCCGAGGACCUCCUGGUGCCGGCCAAUCAGCUCCUCAACAUCUCGGCCGUCUACGAGGUGCUGCGCAACUUUGGCUCUGUGCUGCGCCUCUCGCCAUUCCGCUUCGAGGACUUCUGCGCGGCGCUGGCCGGGCAGGAGCAGUGCACCCUGCUGGCUGAGACCCACAUCGCCCUGCUCAAGGCCAUCCUGCGCGAGGAGGACACGUCCAACACCACCUUCGGCCCGGCCGAUCUCAAGGACAGCGUCAACUCCACGCUCUACUUCAUUGAUGGCAUGACGUGGCCGGAGGUGGUGCGCGCCUACUGUGAGAGCGACCGGGAGUACCACCAUGUGCUGCCUUUACAGGAGGGCGAGGAGUACCCGUAUGAGCCCCUUGAGAGCAAAAUCAAGGUCCUUCAGUUCCUCGUGGACCAGUUCCUGACCACCAACCUGGCCAGGGAGGAGCUGAUGUCGGAGGGCGCGGUUGCCUACGACGACCACUGCCGGGUGUGCCACCGGCUUGGCGACCUCCUCUGCUGCGAGACGUGCUCGGCUGUCUACCACCUGGAGUGCGUCAAGCCGCCGCUGGUGGAGGUGCCCGAGGACGAGUGGCAGUGCGAGGUGUGCGCCGCCCACAAGGUGCCCGGGGUGGCGGACUGCGUGACGGAGGUGCAGAAGAGCCGGCCGUACAUCCGCCAGCUGCCUAUCGGCUACGACCGCCACCGCCGCAAGUACUGGUUCCUGGACCGCCGCAUUGUCGUUGAGGAGGACGGCGAGCAGGAGGACAAGACCAUCUGGUACUACAGCACCAAGGUGCAGCUGGCCGAACUGAUCGACUGUCUGGACAAGAGCUACUGGGAGGCGGACCUGUACGCCACGCUGCAGGAGAUGAGGGAGGAGGUGCACACGCACAUGGACAUCACCGAGGAGCUCACCAACAAGGCCCGUGGCACCAACAAGUGCUUCCUCACAGCCGCCAACGAGGAAAUCCUGGACCGGCUGAGGGCGAAGCAGGAGGAGGAGCUGGAAGAGGUGAAACGCCGGGCUGCCGAAGAGAGGGAGAAGGAAGAGGUGGAGAAAGCCCUCCGGAAAGAGGAGGGAGGAGAGCCCAAGGAGCAUUCUGGUGACGGGGAGAAGCAAGAGGAGCUGACGGGGGUUAAGGGCGAGAAGGACACGGACCAGGAAACCAAGGACAUAACCAGCGCUCCAGCCGAGGUGUCUCCCUCUACUGGCGACGACAUCCCCGUCCCAGAGGGCAGUAAGACAGACCCUCCUGCCCCGGCUCCACAACCCAGCCUCAACACCACUGAGGCCCCCAGCUGCGCCGUUGAGGGUCACGACCCCCCUGACGAGGGUCAUGACCCCCCUGACGAGGGUUACGACCUCCCUGCCGAGGCCCAAGAGCCAGGGGACAAGGCUCAAAGCAACGCCCCGGAGGCUGAAGAGAAGGCCAGUUCGCUGUCUGGCUCUCCCAGUGUAGAAGGCGUCCCCAGCCUGAGCCAGCCCCCCCAGUCCGGUGUCGAGGAGAACAGCAACAGCAGCACUGCGGCCAGGGAGGAACCCAGGGGCCCAGAGGAGCCCGACCUCGCCGACCGCUCCUCCCAGUCCUCCGUCACCAGCCAGGACGACCAGGGUGUUAACGGCGAGGCCGGCGGUAAGAGGUCGGCCGUCACGCCAGGAGGACGCAUGGUGACCCGCCUUCGCAACCCGGAGAGCAAGUUGAGCCAGCUCAAGAGCAAGAAGGUGGAGGAGGCCGUGCACGAGGCCAACAAGGGCUACAAGGAGGGAAAGGAGGUGCUCGUGGUGACCCCGGCGGGCGACGUGUCGCGGCUCAGCACGCGCAGCCUCACCGGCAAGGAGGUGGUGAUGAAGGGCACGCUCAGCCACUUCUUCAAGCUGGGGCAGGAGGGCAAGUACCGCAUCUACCACAACCAGUACAGUAGCAACACGCUGGCCCUCAACAAGCACCAGCACCGCGAGGACCACGACAAGAGGCGUCACCUCUCCCACAAGUUCUGCAUGACGCCGGCAGGCGACUUCAAGUGGAACGGCUCCAUCUACGGCUCCAAGGUGCUGACCAUCUCCACUCUGCGACUCACCAUCAUGCAGCUGGAGAACAACGUGCCCGCGCCCUUCAUGCACCCCAACUGGGCCUCGCACAGGAACAACUGGAUCAAGGCGGUGCAGAUGUGCAGUAAGGCGCGGGAGUUUGCCCUGGCUAUGGCCAUUCUGGAGUGCGCCAUCAAACCCGUGGCCAUGCUGCCCGUCUGGAAGGACGCACUGGGCCACACCAGGUUACACCGCAUGACGUCCAUGGAGAGGGAGGAGAAGGAGAAAGUGAAGAAGAGGGAGAAGAAGCUGGAGGAUGAGGAGACCAUGCAGCAGGCCACAUGGGUCAAGUACACCUUCCCCAUCAAGCAUCAGGUGUGGAAACAGAAGGGGGAAGAGUAUCGUGUGACUGGCUGGGGCGGGUGGAGCUGGAUCAGCAGAACGCACGUGCACCGCUUCCUAACCAAGCUGCCCGGCAACACCAACGCCAACUACCGCGCAGAGCUGGAAGCUGCCAAACGUGGUGAGAAAUGCAACUUGCUGGACUUGGGUCCAAGGCCCCGUUUGUUCAAAAGCGUCGCUUCCGAACCCCAAGGAAGCAGUAGAGCCAUGGAGAAAGAUGGAGACUCUUCAUUGCCCACCACAGAUCCAUCAGAGGACCGCCUGUCGGGAGAAAAUACCAAGGAAAAGCCAGAAGAGGGAAGGAAAGAGGACAUUCACAGGUCAGUGAAAGAGACGAUGGAGGAAAUGGCCACUGAGGAGGCUGCUGACAAAAUGGAGGUGGACCCCUCAGACUCAGGACAAGAUGACGAAAAAGGGACCACCAGCAGUCCGGAGGCCAAGAUGGAGCCGGCAGCUGUGAAGCAGGAGCCUGGCGAGGGCCCCAACUCGAGGCCAUUCAACUACGACGUCGUGGAUGUGGCGCAGGGUUUCCUGACACGGGUUGCCUACAAGAAGAAGGUCAAGGCAUCCAAGUUGGACGGCUUGCUGGAGCGACGGGUCAAGCAGCACGCCCUGGAGGAGAAGCAAAGAGCCCAGGGAGUCCUGGUCAAGCCAGCCCCGGCUAAGACCACCCCAGCCCUGCCGCUGACCCCACUCCGGCCCAUGACUCCUGGCCAGAACCCGCAGAGUCCCACAUUGAAGUUGGAGUUUGGCACUCCUUCAGGUCAGCCUGCGCCUGCUCUGUUGUCAGUCAAAGGGGAAGUACAGGUGGGUGUUUCAAAGCCUACUGUGGGUGCCCCUCUGACAGCCACCACACCCAAAGAGACCGCUGUUGGAGUAACGCUACCAAACCGAACAACCCUCCCUGAAAGGACUAUGGGGCUCACAGGGGUCAGUUCAGGGCAGGAGGGUCUUAAAAAUCCCAGUAGCACAGCAGAACCGAUGCAAACCCAGAGCUUACGGGUUAUCCAAAACACAGGCACUCCAACAUCCAGUUCCGGACCUGGCAUUUUAAAACCUCACUCCGUUACGAUACCCCCCAGCACUAUUACCCAGGAGGACAGCCAGAAUGCAGCUACCAUUCCAAACCCCCCCCGGCAGAGCACAGAGACUCCUAGGACCGAGACUGAGGAGAACGGCAAGGUGCCCACACAGAGAGAGGCCACCAUCUCCCAGCCCUCCACUCUACACCAGGUCAAUGGUAAAGACUGUGUGGAGACGAUAGCUUUGACCAACUCUUUACCAGCUCCAAACACGACUUCCUAUGCUUAUGCUGACCACUCUGAGGCUAAGGUAAACAGCUUCGGCAGGUCGGCAGGAGACGGUCAAGCAGCCUUGCCCCAAAAGCCCCUGCUGAACGGCUCUGUAGCGCCGGGGGCCGAGGGGGAAGGCCUUGACGGCACGGCUGUAAGGGUGGAGGUGGAGAGCAAGGUGGCCGCGUCGAAGCCGGACUACCAGCCCCCGGUCAAAGUGGCCAAACUGGAGAACGACACGGAGGCCCUGGGGUCCAGAACAAUCCAGAGCACCCAGCCGCAGUGCAAGAACGCCAGACUCGUGGAAUCAGAGCCUUCUGCUGCCGCCCCCAACAAAAUGGCUCCCUCGCCAGUUCCCUGGGCCGAGGAGUCCAGCCUCAGUAACGACGUUGCGGAGGAGAACAGUAAAAAUGGUCUAGGGUCAGUCAAGACGAUCCUUACCCAGGUCACCACCACCACCACCACCACCACAACGGUAUCCACGGAGUCUCGGCUGACAGGGGACGUCUCCGUCACCUCGGGUUCACCGCUGGCGCCCGUUGUCGCGACCACGGAGAGCAGCGCGGUGUCCACCCUCACCACCCUGACCAGAACCACCGUGACCAAAGUGAGUUCGCCCGCGGCCGAGAGCCAAUCAGACGAGAGCCAGACCGAAACGGUGACCGAGCACAAGUCCACGCUCCUCGCCACCCACAGGGAGUCGUCUCGUUCAACCACCUCCGUUUCAGGGGUCGUCACCUCUUCGUCAUCCACCAAGGGUCGUGUUCACCUCCUCAAGUUCUCGCGCACCAAGAAAACCCGCUCAGGCACCGCUCUGCCUUCUUACCGCAAGUUUGUCACCAAGAGCCAGCGCAAGAGCAUCUUUGUGCUGCCCGGCGAUGACCUGAAGAAACUGGCACGGCGGGGGGGCAUUCGGGAGGUGUCCAUCUUCAGCUAUAAUGCCAAGCCAGCUCAGGACAUCUGGCCCUACCCAUCACCCCGGCCGACUUUUGGUAUUACAUGGAGGUACCGUCUCCAGACGGUGAGGUCUCUGGCAGGGGUGAGUCUGAUGCUGCGGCUGCUUUGGGCCUGCCUGAGGUGGGACGACAUGGCGGUCAAGCCCUCCCCCGCCGUGGGCACCACGCGCACAGAGACGUCUGAAACGGAGAUCACCACCACCGAGAUCAUCAAGCGGCGCGACGUCGGGCCGUACGGCAUCCGCUCGGAAUACUGCAUCCGCAAGAUCAUCUGCCCCCUGGGGGCUCCGGAGACCCCCAAAGAGACCCACACGCCGCAGCGGAAAGGCUUGCGUUCCAGUGCCCUGCGGCCCAAGAAGCCGGAGCCCAAAAAGGAAACGGGGCCAGUGGUGAUGGAGUCCUGGGUGGCCGAGGAGGAGCUGGACCUCUGGGAGAUCAGGGCCUUCUCCGAGAGGGUGGAGAAGGAAAAAGCCCAAGCAGCAGAACAGGCCAAGAAGCGUCUGGAGCAGAAAACGUCCACGGCCUCUACCACAGUCACCCCAACGGGGAGCCCAGCUACCCCCGCCACCACUUCCAAGGUGGUGACCCUCUCCGGCCAGGUCACCCCAGGGACCAAAGUCGUUCUAGCCACCAAGAUGGGCACCCCCGUGACCUUUCAGCAGAACAAGAACUUCCAGCAGUCGUUUGCAUCCUGGGUCAAGCAGGGGCAGCCUGGAGCCUCCCCGAGCACAGUGACCUCAGUGGCCACGACAGGCGGCCAGGCAUACCAGAUCACCAGCACGUCCGUGGGGGGCAAGGUGCUCACCACCAAGCUGCCGCUGUCCGCCAACAGCAAGAUUGUCACGGUCAACGUGCCAACCACACAAGGAGGCAUGAUUCAGAAGCAGGUGCUGGGUAUCAUCCCUUCAAGCCAGGCGGGAGGGGCCCAGGCCUUUGCUUCCUUCCAGCCCCGGACCACCACUAUCAACAUCAGGACGCCCGGGUCCCCACAGCAGGUGCUCACCACUGGAGCACAGAUCCGCCCAGGGAUGACAGUUAUACGCACCCCCAUCCAGCAGUCGGGCGCCAUCGGUAAGACCGUCCUCCGAACUCCCCUCAUGGUGCAGCAAGGCCAGACAAGCCAACAGGUCGUGACUCAGAUCAUCCGCGGGCAGCCUGUGUCCACAGCCAUCUCGGGCGCUAGCCCCGUCACCAGUGUGGCCGGCCAGAGGGUCGGCAGCGCCCCCAACACCCCGGGCCAGCCUGCCACGGCCCAGACACCACAGCAGCGGGCUCAACAAGGCCAGGUCAAGCUCACCCUGGCACAGCUCACCCAGCUAACGCAGAAGCAGCAGAGCCAGGCUGUGGAGCGGCCAGGCGGCGGUGCCCAGGGCUUGACUGUGAUGAUCCAGGGUCAGGGCCAGGCCACCGGCCAGCUCCAGGUCAUCCCCCAGGGGGUCACCGUCAUCCCGGGUCCCGGGCAGCAGCUCAUGCAGGCAGCCAUGCCCAACGGCCAGGUGCAACGCUUCCUCUUCACACCCAUGGCCCCUGCUGCUACUCCUUCGUCAACCGCCUCCACCAUCCCGGGCCAGACCACCAAGACCCCGGCUCAGCCCGCCCAGCAGGCCGCAGCGCCCGUCCAGGCCGGCGCCGCCCUGGCCACCAGCACCCCGCCAUCCUCCACCCCCCAGGGCCAGCUCCCCCCGCAGACCCAGGCCCACAUGCCCAUCCAGUCGCCUACCCCCCUCCAGGUGAAAUCCCUCAAACCCCCCCAGGGUACCCCCACGGGCCGCCCCCAGCAGGCCCUCCAGCUUCAGGCCUCUUCCCACCAGCUCAUCAGUGUACCGGGCCUCCAGCAGCAGGUCCAGGUCCUGGCUCAGCUCCAGGCCCAGCAGGGGACCUCCGGAGGCAACCUCCCCCAGCAGAUCAAGCUCCAACUCCCCAUUCAGAUCCAGCAGCCUGGGGUCGGCGGGGGCCAGCCUGGAGGUCAGCCCGGGGGUCAGGUCCAGAACGUGGUGACCAUCCAGACGGCCAGCGUGCAGGAGCAGCUCCAGAGGAUCCAGCAGCUCCGGGAGCAGCAGCAGCAGAAGAAGAGGAUGGCAGCCGAGGCCAAGCGGGAGCAGGCGCUGGCGGCGGCGAGCCAGAGCGACAUCAUCCAGAAGCAGGUGGUGAUGAAGCAGAACGCAGUGAUCGAGCACCUGAAGCAGAAAAAGACCCUGUCCCCCACCGAGAGAGAAGAGAACCAGAGGAUGAUCGUGUGCAACCAGGUGAUGAAGUUCAUCCUGGACAAGAUCGACAAGGACGAGAAGCAGGCCGCCAAGAAGAGGAAGAAGGAGGAGGCGGGGGAGCAGAAGCGGACCAAGGCCAACGCCACCAAGCUGUCGUCGCUGCUCUACCGGCACAAGGAGACGCUGAAGGCCGAGAUUCUCAAGAAGAGGGCCCUGCUGGACAAGGAACUGCAGCUGGAGACACAGGACGAGCUGAGGAGGGACCUGGCAAAACUGCGGCGGGACAAGGAGAGAGCCCAGGCCGCCGCCGCCCACGCCCAGCACUCCCUCACGCACACCUCCCACCUCACCUCACCCACCUCAGCCCACAAGCGGAAGCGGGAGGAGGAGAGGGAGGCGGCCACCAAAGCCAAGAAGAAGAAGAUGAUCUCCACCACUACCUCAAGGGACAGCAAGAAAGAGAUCAAGCUGUACUGUGUGUGCAAGACGCCCUACGACGAGUCAAAAUUCUACAUUGGUUGCGACCUGUGCACCAACUGGUACCACGGCGAUUGUGUGGGCAUUACGGAGAAGGAGGCGAAGAAGAUGGAUGACUACAUUUGCAGCGACUGCAAACGAGCCCAGGAGGGCAAAACCGAGGAGCUCUACUGCAUCUGCCGGACGCCCUACGACGAAGCCCAGUUCUACAUCGGCUGCGACCGCUGCCAGAACUGGUACCACGGUCGCUGCGUGGGCAUCCUGCAGAGCGAGGCCAACCACAUCGACCAGUACGUGUGCCCGCAGUGCCAGUCCACGGAAGACGCCAUGACCGUCCUCACGCCGCUCACGGACAAGGACUACGAUGGGUUAAGGAGGAUCCUGCGCUCCUUACAGGCACACAAAAUGGCAUGGCCGUUCCUGGAGCCAGUGGACCCCAACGACGCCCCAGACUACUACGGAGUCAUUAAGGAACCAAUGGACCUUUCUACGAUGGAAGACCGGUUACAGAAGCGGUACUACAUCAAGCUGACCGAGUUUGUGGCGGACAUGACCAAAGUCUUCGACAACUGUCGUUACUACAACCCCGGCGACUCGCCCUUCUACCAGUGCGCCGAAGUCCUGGAGAACUUCUUCGUCCAGAAGCUCAAAGGUUUCAAAGCCAGCAGAUUGUGAUGUCAUAAGUCUGACCUUAUAGCUGGAAUCUAACCUGGGUGCCAGGGUCACUCUAACAUUAGCCUAUCCUGGACCUUGCCGACUCUAUUUCUUUCAAACAGUGUCAAAGGUUUUUUGUAAGGAAGUACAUACACAGUAUAAAACCGCACCAUAGGUGUGUUUCUUUUGUAUUUUUCGAAGGAAAGACGAGAACAUUUCUCCAUUUCAUAUUGGCAGCCAUGUUGGUCACGAAAAGCAAUCAAGAGAAAGCAUCUGUUAGGUAUUGUAUUUACAGUCAGCUCGAAGACGACAGAGAUUAGAUCAAAACAUAGUAGAUUUCCGUUGAUGAUCUCAAUCUGGUGACGGGUGCGAGGCACAGUGUCAGCUACCGUAAAGGCAUGUCACCCCCCCUGAGCACCACGCUCCCAUUAUAGCAAAAUAAACAUCCGAGUUCUCCUUUCUCACAUCUGUCAUAUUCAAGUCAGUUCCACACAUGCAGAUAACUCUUAAUUAAAUGAAACGUUUACCGUAUCUUUGACAUGCAUAAAUUUUACCUCCUUAGCUAGCCAGUAUAAAAAAACAAAUGUCAGCAUAUGUACAAGUUAGCUUUUUUUUAAUCUGAUUUCUUUCAUGAAUUAUGUUCUUGUUUUAUGUGCAUAUUAUAUCCUUUUGUAAAGGAGUAUGAUAUGUUCAAAUGGUAACGCAAUGGCAACGCAGGACCUUUAUACUGUGUUCUCCUACUGUACAUACAAUCCAUGUAAAGACUAUCAGAUGACAUUAAACCAACAUGGCUGCUGCCUCCACUCAAACGUCUGACCCCCGACCGGCAUCCAAUAAGUGUUACGUUUUUGUAUCCCCCUGCGCAGAUUUUGUCUUUUUGUUGAGCUUUUAAUAAAAAAGAAAAGCCCACAUCAACUGAGAUCACAUCAACUGUUUUGCCCUUCUCUCUUUAUUCUGUAGGUCUCAUAACAACAAACUGCAGUCACCCGCCUCUUAGAAUACAGAGUCAGCAUCCCUUCUAAAGCUAACUGUCAAAAUGGCAGCCAACAUGGCCCCCCCCCCACCCCGAACACUCGUACUCCGAAGGGGAAUGCCAGGUUGCUGCUGCUUACCCGUCUCCAUACACAAACCCAACCUGUCGGAUUCGGGACAGGAGGUCGCCCCCACCCCCGUUUUAUAGCCGGUCUGUGAAGAUCGCGCCGACAGGCACUCGUCUCAGGCCAAACAGCUUUCACAGCCGACCGGACAAGUCCUCUCCGCUUCUGAACCUGCUCUGGCCGUGGGAGAAGGGAAGAGGCCGACUGUGGUUCCACGAUCCGGACCCUUGGUGUUGACGGUGAGAGAGUUGGCGGCCCGGUUCCCUCCCUUCAAAGCACUCCCCUUCUGGUGGGUGACACGGAGGGUUGGCACCCUCAGAUGUUGAUAAGUUAGCGGGUUUUUUGGAGAACUGCCAUACAAACCAAUGCAGUGGUAGAUCCUUUAAGAGAAGUUCAUCGUGUAGCUAAUAGCCAAUCUCUUUUGUAUGCUAUACGUUUCAGCCAUUCUUUCUUCCCUAAGAUCAACUCCUAGUCCGUGCUGGGUACGUCCCAAAUGACACUUCAUUUCCUAAAUAGUGCACUGCUUUUUAUAGGACCCUGGUUCAAAGCGCUGCUUUUUAUAGGACCCCAGGUCAAAAGUAGUGCGCUGUGAAGGGAAGAAGGGUGCCAUUAAAGAUGCUUCCCAACUGUCUUUGCGUCCUCGUAUCGUGAUUCGGAACAGGUCGGAGUGGCACGACACACAAGUAGGUCUGUCUGUUUGAAAGGAGCUAAAUCGGCCUGCCCCCAUUGGAUGUCACCUGGAAGCAGAAUGUGCCCAGAACCCCAAAACAGACUUCAGAAAGUCCAUGUAGCAUUUCCAUGUAACGUCUCACUGUGGAAAUGCAAUUCUGUUUGUUAAACCUUGUUUUGUCAGACUUCAAAGCCUCCCCUCUUCUUUCUUUGUAUUACCACCUAUGACAAAUAUCUGAUUUUUGUAUUUGACUCCACGAGGAACGUUUAAGAAAGGUCUCUUUCUUGCUAUGUAGAGGGUUCUCUAACGUUUUUUUUUUAAUGAAGACAUUGAUCUGAUGGAUCCAAGGAAUGCUCUGCUCUCCAAGUCCAUCCCAGGUGAAUGACUGGAGGUGAACAUGGAGAAUGAGGAAACCAUUAAAGGGCAUAUUUGACCUGAGUGUACUGACCCUUCACAUUGCACUCCUUUUCUCCUUUGCGCUCCAUCAAUGUUUUGGUCAAAUAAGAUUGGAUCACCUGCGUCUCUUAACUCAUAGGCCACGUGAAGGAUUCAUUCAAGUCCUUUGACUUAGAAGGAAACUUCUAAGUGGUCUGGAAUAGUAAAUCAGAAGGUCAACCACGGGUUGGGGAAUCUUUAUACAAGUUUGAGUUUUGUAUGAAGAGUUUUUUAGGGUCUCUCUGACCUUUUUUCUAAUUUCAUAAGGUUUGUGGCGAUACUGUUUAUUGGGAGGGUAUUUUAGGGUAUUUUAGUCACUGGUGCUCGUAGGUUCUCUUAAACGUUAAAAAAAGGAAAAGCCGUAGGUUUAAAUUGAGGCAGGUGCCAACCUACCUAUUUUCAGUGGCGUUUUUUCUUUUCUUAGUAAGUCAAAAUGGAACUGACCCCAACCCUGGUUUGCGGUUUACAUUUUUCAGAGCUGGUCAGAGUUGAGAAAUCAGGUGACCAAAGCCUUUUUGACAGAUUCAUUACAUUGACCUGUUUGCAUUUCAAGCAAUGCACUCCCCUGGCUAUUCUUUGAAUGCAUCGUCCAUCGUUUGUAUUUCAUACUGUAUGAUACGGCUGUCAAUAUACGAAGAGAGUUUUUAGAUUUUUAGAGCAUUCGUAAUUUUAUUUUUGACCAUUAUAACCAGAAACUAAGCCUAUCUGUACAUUAAAUAGUCCUCUAUCUUUUGUCAAAGUGAACUCUACAUUUAGGUAAAAUUGCCCUUUAUAUUACACGUGCUGCAUAUUGUGUGCAUAUUCAUUUAAAACAGGGCGGGGAAUGUUGACACUUUUGAAGAGUUUUUUUUUUUUUUCUCUCCAAGGAAACCAGUUCUACACAUCAUCGAAAUAUCUCUUUAUUUAUUAAUAUCGCUGAAAAUGUUUCAUUUUUGAGUAAAUCUAUGACAACAUAAUGGGGGGAUACUAUGUUUUUAACAGAUUAUGGCAAAUCUUGAGAUCCUUUUUUGUACUUGAUAGGACAUUUCAUCCUAGAUAAUAAAGUAAGGUUUUUCACAUCAA